GAUUUUGUAUUAACUGUGAAGUCCAGAGAGGGUGAAGUUAAAACUGCAUACAGCGUGGAACAGGUCUGUCUCUUGUCGUUUGUUGCAUAUAUUGUUAAGCGUUAUAAAUAUUAAGUGUUUUAAAAAGUUACGGUUUGGGGCAAACAUCUGUAAACAGUUAAGCAAGAUAACUUUAAAAGGAAGAAACGUUUUUAAAUACGUUUCCCCCCUCACAGCCGUGCAGAGGGGGUCAUGUCCUUUGCGAAAGUGCUGCGUUGUCCUACAGUCCCACUCUCCAAUGGUCUGCAGAUUCCAAUACUUGGACUAGGUGCGUUUUUUUUCUUAAAAUACUUUUGCAAACAUAAAAUACGGAUAAAUCUGUGACUUUGUUAGUAAUCUGUACCUUCUUUGGAAGUUCUAAGUGGCUUUGCACACUAUAUUUCUUUUCUGGAUUAUUUAUUAAGUAAUCAUAACAUACCACAGAGCACCCCAACUCUUGUGACAUGCUGACCAAAACAGAAUUUGAUGGUUUCCAAAUGAUUUAGAGCCCAAAUUGAAAAUAGAGUAAGGACAAAUCAUUCGUUGAAACUGCUUUUUUUUUAUUAAGGAAAAUAUAUGUCUCAUUUAAAAUGUGAUUCUAGCAACAUGUUUCCAAACAGCAGGGACUGGGUUAUGUUUAUCCUGGUGUGUCACCUCUUCUUUUAACAAUGACUUUGGCAACACACAAGCUUUUCUGGUUCUGAAUGUUUACAUUUUCUCUCAAUACCAGGCACAUCCCAUGAUGGUGGAUUCUCCCAUGACGCUGUCGUGUAUGCACUCACUGAGUGUGGUGUGCGACACAUAGACACAGCGAAACGUUAUGGUUGUGAGGAGAAACUGGGUAAAGCCUUACGAGAAAGUGGGAUACAAAGAAGUGAGCUGUGGCUCACCAAUAAACUGUGGCCUGGUGACUACGGGUACACAGCUGCUAAGAGAGCUUGCAUCAAGUCCUGCUCACUGAUGGGGGUGGAAUACUUUGGUAGGAAUUUGGAUUUAGAGUAAACCAAACCAAACCAAACCAAAAAGCUGUUAAGUUCAUAGAUAUUUACUCAAAUCUGCCCUUUUUCCAAGAUUUGUAUCUGAUGCACUGGCCAGAAGCAAAGUGUUCCAGCAGCUCGAACAGAGAGAUGAGAGCUGAGACCUGGAAAGCUUUGGAGGAACUUUAUAGAGAAGGUACAAAUGUGAAAACAUCAUGUCAGAAUACAGGAACACAGCAAAUAUGAUUGUGAUACAGCGAUCAGUGAAGUUCUCUGUUGUCAUCAUAGGAGUGUGCCGUGCUAUUGGAGUGAGCAACUUUCUGGUCCAGCACUUAGAACAGUUGAAGGAAGACUGUAGCGUGGUGCCGCAUGUGAACCAGGUGAAGGUGUUUAUGUUUGUUUAUGUGUUUUUCCAAGAGGGAUUGAAAAAAGAAAAGGCCUGUACUAGAAACAAAAAGAAGUAGUAGAGGCAAGUAUUGAAUUUAUAUGAAGUUUUUCAAAUAUAGAAUAAAAGUUUCAUAGCUGAAGGGUCAGAAGUGUUUUAAUUCCUUUUUCAAUAAGGAUGGGUACUUUUAGAGUUUAGAUUGAUACUCUGAACAUCUGGGUCCCACUUUAUCAUGUAUCCCAGAUAUUUUGGGAUGAAUGAGAAACUUAAAUAACUUUAUCCUAAAUGUAUUGUUUAGUCAUUGCAUCCUUUCCUGACAUGAACACAUGUUUUCUUUGCUGUCUGGAGUGACUCCUCCAUGAUUUGUUUUAAUGUUUGUCAUUAAAAUAACCUGCCUUACCAGGUGGAGUACCAUCCAUUCCAGCAGCCCUACAAGCUGAUAGAUUACUGUCGUCAGGAGGGAAUUGUGUUUGAAGGCUACAGUCCUCUGGCUAAAGGUCAAGUCUUCAGAGACCCCUCUAUUCUCCAGAUCGCAGAAAAGUACAAACGCACACCCGCCCAGAUCUGCAUCCGAUGGAGUAUUCAGGUACACAUACAGUAGUUCUGACAAACAAAGUAAAUGUUUUCAAUACCUAAUGCAGCAUCUCCAUUUUCCUCAGAAUGAAGUGGUGACCAUACCAAAAUCCACCAAAAACAAGAGGAUACAAGAAAACUGUCAGGUGAGUCAGAAAACUACAUGCAUCUGCACUGCAAAAACAGAAAGUAUUCACAACAUUACAACUUCCAUAUCACAGCUGUUCAUUAUUUCUUUUCACUCUUUAUUUCUUCUUCCUCCUUUUCUCUGCCUUCUCCUCGCACACAUCCUGCAGGUGUUUGAUUUCCAUCUGGAGGAUUCAGACAUGGCUGCUAUGAGGAAACUGCACGAUGGGAGGCACGUGACCUGGGAUCCGACAAAUAUAGUGUAACCAUAUUAAAUCAGAAAAUAUAAGGCAUGUCUGUCUAUCUAUAUCUGUCCGUCAGACAGUUGUUUAGAUUUUAUACAAGAACUGGACCAAAUUUUUCUUUAGGAUGUAUCCUUAGUUUAUCCAGAAGAUAAUUGUAUUUAUCAAUAUGUGUUCAAAUAUGUUGUUUAUUUCCUGUAUGAUAAAUUAAGAGAGAUAAGAACUGUAAUUAAUGUCUCGCUGAUCUCUGUGGUACAAGUCGAACAACAAACCACACCAAUAUCAUUCAAUGGCAUCAUGUUUCUCAUCAUUUCUGUGUUGCUCUGGCUGUAGUGGGACAAUUGAUUAUUCUCCACACCAGUGGCGGAUUUAGGGGGUGGCUACUUGGGCUCAAGCCUCGGAUGUUUUCCCAAGAGCCCCGGAUCUCGGAUCUGAGCUGGUCUGAGUUUAAUGUGCAGUACUUGAGUUCACCAGAGAGAGGCAGCAUGCGCAGAAAAGCAGCCUGUAGCCCUUCUGUUCAGAUGAGGAAGUGUUUCCCUCUAAUGACUGUUACUACUCCUAAAAAACUACUUAAAGAUUGAAGAACAGAGCAGUAAAGGACAGCAGAGGUGUCAUCCAGGAUCACAGGUAUAGCAGUAAGGAAAUAAGAUGCAUUUUAUUAUACUUCAUUUUACAUCUUUAGUUUGUGAUCAGUCUGAAUAACCUUUUGUGACUUCAACAAUGCUAGUGGUAGGACAUUUUUAUCAUUAAAAGGUCUGAAUUUUUCGUGCUCUCCUCCGUGUCUUUUGCUGGCUUUGAACUGUUGCUAAGUUGAAGUAAAAAAAAAAUGUAGUUUUGUGUGCGUGGUAGCAAAAAAAGAUGGAAAAAGUAAAUCCGCAUCUGCCCCUGAGAUCACCUAGAAUCCUAGAUCAGCCCCUGCUCCACAUUGAUAUUAGAUUCAAUCUGCUCCCAGGUCAAACAGGGUGCAUUUUUACCAAAAAAUGUGGUCGGACCCUCACAACAAGCCCAGCUUGUUGGAGUUGCCGAAUUCGUCUGGUUUGACCAUAAACCCCUCCAUUCCCCCACCCCUCAGUAUCACUCUGCAGCCUACACUGUCACUGGAGGGCAUUUGAAGAACAAGGGCAGAUUUUGGUUUCUGCUAAUAAUGGACCAGAUCUGCUGAUAUUGAAUUAUUAGAUGACAUUUUUUUUUAAUUUGCUUUGACUGAAAACCAAAACUGUUUGAUUAACUUAAGCCAUUUGUGCAAGAGUUUGAACCAUACUGUAUACAAUGCUGCUGUACAAUGCUACUGCGCAAGUGGUGAAGUGCGUACAACUCAACUGCGUAAUGUUGGUUUCAGGAAAUGGUGAAAAAUCACGGAAAUCCUGAGAGAUUUUCAACUUCAAAUCCGUAUACUGGGGAGGAUGGAACCAAGUUGUCCAUAGUAUAUACAGUCUAUGAUUUAAACCCAUAAAAGGCACGGAAGAGUAUUUUUUCUAUCCAGUAUUAGACAAAAUUCAAAAGUGUUCGGUAUUAAUUUAAGUUACUUUACACAUCAAGAUGUAUUUCUUUGAGAUUUGAGAGUUCACUAGAUUGUAUCGAAAGAAAACUAAAUUACAGUUUAAAGCAGAGACUCACCGGACAGACUUUGACGAAUAAAGCUCAGACCAAGUAAGUCAUCCCCUAUUUUGCUUCAGGGGCUGAGCUCUUACUGUACCAGCUGUUCCAGUUUUGGCUCUGAGUCCUGUUAUAAAGAAACUCCAGUAUGACAGACUGUAUAGUGACAGACUGGUUUUAGGUUCUUGUGUGUUUUCAGCUCCCACUUGGACUACACUGCUCCAGUCUUCAGAGGAACCAUGUCAACUGCAGACACCUGCACUUUUCCCACUGUAAAACUUUCCAAUGGGGUGCAAAUGCCAAUUUUUGGAAUAGGUAAGUAUUGCGUUUUCAGUAUCUUUAGAACAGUGUUGAGGAUGUUUUUAGCUUGAUGUGUUUUGUUGGUGUGUUAUGAGUUAUGGAGACAGUUUUUAUAGAUGGUUUAAACUCUGUUUGUUCUCUCACUCUAAGGCACAUCCCAGGUUGGAGGUUUCUGUCAGGACACGGUCCUUUACGCACUCCGAGACUGCGGUAUACGUCUCAUCGACACAUCCAAGUAUAAUGGCUUUGAGAUCCAGCUGUCUGAAGUUAUAAAAGACAGUGAAGUACCGAGAAGAGAUCUGUGGGUCACUAAUAAACUCUGGCCUGAGGACUAUGGAUAUGAGACCGCCAAGAGGGCCUUCCAGAAAUCCUGCUCACAGAUGGGGGUGGAAUAUCUGGGUGAGGAGGAACGGGGUUGCAUUCCUCUUUUAUGUACACAUUUCACGUCUUUUACUCUUGCCUCAUUCCUGAUUGUCUGUUCAUCUCAGACAUCUAUAUGUUACACUGGCCUGGUGGAAUGCAGCCUGGUCGCUGCAACAGAGAGCUGAGAGCCGAGGCUUGGAGAGCUUUGGAGGAGCUGUACGAAGAAGGUAAAAACUUGAUGAAACACACCAAACUGUUUAACUUUUCUUUACCAAGAUUAGUAAAAAUAUCUGUUUGAUUAAGCUUGUGUGAGUUACUUUAUUAAAAUCAAAUUUCUAUAACAUGAGACUGACUAUACUUCACUGUAUCGAUCUCUCUCUAUUAAAACAGGGUUGUGUCGUUCCAUCGGGGUUAGCAACUUCAUGAUUCACCACCUGGAACAGUUAAAGCAGGACUGUACUGUGGUGCCACAUGUCAAUCAGGUAAGCCUUUACAACAUUAACAGCAUGUAGUUAAAGUUCAAUAAAGAGACGUGACUGUGGUUUCAUGUGAGGAUUUCUGUUGCGCCAUCAGGUGGAAUACCACCCAUUCCAGCAGCCCACUGAGUUAAUGGAGUACUGUUGCAAGAAGGGAAUUGCAUUUCAGGGGUAUUGCCCUCUGGCUAAGGGUCAAGCCCUGACUGACCCCACUAUUAUCCAGGUGGCACAGAAAUAUGGACGUACACCUGCUCAGAUCUGUAUCCGCUGGAGUAUCCAGGUAAAACACCCUGUUAUGAAUAAGAUUUAUAUUUACAUAAGGAAAACUGUCACUUAAUUCCCUUCCACAAAUAAUUCACUGUGACAGUUUCACCACGUUUGAAUGCAUUUAUAGGUGCUGUAGAUUUUAUCUCACAGGAGUCAUCAAAAACACACAACACAAGUGAAAACGAUCUAAAGCUUCAUGUUUUUUUUUUUGAGUUAUUCAUUCUUGUACUCUUUUUAAGAAUGGAGCCAUUACCAUACCAAAGUCAACCAAAAGGGAGCGUGUGCUAGAAAACUGUCAGGUAAAGUGAACAUAAAUGACCAUCAAUGCUUCUCAUAAUCUAUUUAGUGCUGAUUAUUCGUAGUUCACCAACAGCCUCUUUCUUCUGUUUUCUUCCCUUUUAUACUUUUUUUUCAGGUGUUUGGAUUCCAGCUUGAGGAAGAAGACAUGGAGACCAUAAACAAGUUGCAUGAUGGUAGACAUGUGUCCUGGGACCCAACUAAUGUGGAGUAGCACACUGACACAAUUUGCUGUAAAAUAUAGUUGAACAGCAUUCGUGGCUUCUUUCCUUUGAUAAAUAAUAUUGUUCUAUGCUUUUAUUGUGAAAUAAAUACAUAUCAGUACAAA